AUGUUGAAGGAUAUUCCGGACAACAUAGUUUGGAUCACCAAGCCAUGGGCAUUGCCACUUCUCCAGACAUUGGUUCUGCGCAAGAUCCUUGGCUUGGACCGACGAUGGGAGAAAGGUUUGAUUAGAGAGGCCAUCAAACUCAAUCUCAUCAUAAUCAUUCAAUUAUUUAUCGACUCCAAUUGUUUGAUACAUGAUGCAGAUAAUGUAUCAGAGUUGAUCAAGUUUGGAUGUCAAUUUGGAUCCUCGACUGAGAUGUUGGACAUGUUGCUCUCGUCGAUUCCACCGCCUAAAGGUAUUGAUGAUCGACCGGAAUGGCUUAUCGAGGCAUUGAUAUUGGCGGCCAAGAAUGGACAUCUUGGGAUGCUAAAGAUGAUUCAAUCAAAUAUUUUGGAUAUCAACUAUAUUAUGGUUCUCCAAUCAAUCAAGGCUGCCCUGGAACAUGGACAUUUGGAUGCGCUCAAUCACUUGUUCAAUCUCAUGGAUGACAUCACAUCACCAUCGCCUGCCAUUGCUGGCUGUGAUCAAUAUAGGAUUGACAUCACUAAUAUACAUCCUAGUAUAUUGUCAGUAGACAUGUUGAAUAGAUUGAAAGCACAUCCUCACCUGAAUUGCAUGCUGGACAAUGUGUUGGGCAAGGAUAUAUUGGUAGCGAGUGUCGAGGUGAUCAACAUGAUGAUGAGUGAAUCCCCGACCAACAUUCCACUCACCAUUGACUUGAAGUAUGCCAUCCAACAGGCAGCAAUUGUAGGUGACAUGAUCUCGAUCAAUAGGAUAGUUGAGAGAUGUCCAGUACUGUUACCAUCGAUUGAUGACCUGGAACAUUUGGUUGAUCACUCUGCCACCCCAGACGACAUGAUUAUACCCUUGUUCUCCAAUCGCCAAUAUCUUGAAUAUCCUUCCAAGCUACUAAUGAAGGCUGUGGCGACCAGGUCACUGGCACUGGUCAAGUCCAUCUUUGAGGAGCAGUGUCAAGUUUUCAGUGAUCCAAGGAGUGAGGAAUUCAUCUACGAGAUCAGUACCAAGUCCUUUAGAACAAUGAUAAGGACAUCCAUCAAACGAGAUGAUAUAGAGAUGAUGGGAUAUGUUCUCAAGGUGGCCAUGUCAAAGGGAGCGACCAAAAACAAGAAAGGCAAUCAAAGGCAUUCACUCGGUGAUCUUGUCAAACUCAAGUAUUGCAGCCUCACAAUCCUACAUCACCUGUUUGAUAAUGGAUAUGUCAGUGUGGAUACCUUCCAUCAGUUGAAGAUAUCAAGAUUGCAGCAAACAACAACCAUCACCAUCUACUAUCCUAUUUGUUCGAAGAUGGCUAUCUAUCAGUAUACAAUCGAUUGA